AUGUCUCGACGUUUAAACCCAAGCGCCCGUGGCAGGGCGUCCCAACCAACAGGUGGACGUGGACCCCAACUGAGGUUGACUUUCGGUGGAAAGUCAGGCCAAAAGAAUGGCGCUAGAGAGACCACAACACUCGGAAGGAAGAUCACAAAGAGAAAGGUCGUGAGAUAUAGCGACGCUAAUUCGACUAGUAGUGGUGGUGAUCCGACAGAUAGCGCAGACAGCACCGAUGAAGAUUCUGAGGAGGCAGACGACGAGUCCGAGGAUCCGGAUGUAGAUGUCCCAUCUCGUUACACUCCCUUACGUGGCGGGAUGGGCCCUCCUCUUAUGGAGAAUGACAGCAUUCUGGAUAACGGUGAGUGGGCUGGCUUUCCUGAACCUGAACUUGAACUUCCUGGUCUCCAAGACGUCCAGGUUGGCUUGUUUGACGUCGAUGAUUUCGAGAAAAAUCUCUUCAAUUCUGAUGAUGACCAAGUAUAUGAGCGUGUGCACGAGGUCAGUGACUCUGACAAUGAUGAUGACGAAGCUGUUCAGCGAGCUGAGACUGAGCUUCUCACCGCUGAGUUCGGAGAUGAUCUAACGUCUCAUUUUGCCAACCAAAUUGACGGCAUGUCCGCCUACGGAUUUGGUGAUGCUAGUGAUGAAGAGGGAAGUGUCUUCUUCCCCUUCUCCAGUGGAGAUGAAGCAAAUGAUUCCCAAACUCGCCAUGUGCAUUUCGAAGAACAAGAUCCACUAGGCAUGGCAGCUGCAUUUGCCGCACUGGCUGACUCGCCCACAAUGACCCGUGCUUUGCUGCCCUCUGCACUUCCAGACACGAAUGAUGAGGCUUUAGACGAAGAAGAGGCAGUUCAGGAUAACGAUUAUGAUACCGACGCUACAGAAGAGCUUGAGGAACCUGCCAAACAAUGGAAGUGUGCCGUCAGCUCGCAGAAGAGCAGUAAUGAGGAUAUAUCACCACCUCCACUUCUCCCAAAACGUACUUCAAUUCAACGAGGUCCAGUUCGAGGCGUCUUCGAGGACAACGGUGACAAGGUGACUGCUGUCCUGGAUCCAACUGGGCGAAAGCUGCUUCUGUCAGAUCCGCAUUUAUUAGGUGGUGUCUUUGCUCGUCGGUUCGGUCCAUCUGUGCCAGCUAGUCCAAGUGUCAGCUUCUCAGACGCUGUUUUUGGUGAAAGCGACUCUUCUCAAGCAUCGGCUAGUCCCCGACCUCAAUCAGCACAGCUUGCCAAUUUUGAUCACUUAUUGGCUGGACCAGCUGCCGACACUCAGGUGUUCGACAACCGACAAGCUACUGGGAAUCUCAUGCCUGCCAGCAGCAGUUUCCUGAAUGAAUUGGUCGACGGAGACAUCUUCGACGGUGAAAGCUUUGACCCUGAAGCCACUCUCCGUAUCGAGGAUAUGAUUGCAUUCGACGGUGAUACCGACGAUGACGAAACAAUGGACUCACCUAUUGUUCCCAAUCCUUUCAACGCCCAUAGCUUAUCAGCACCUGGUACUCCUCUAGCACACCUCAACCAUUUCAAUGUCACAGCCUUCAAACGGAACUCCGAAGCCGUUAGCUUUGGCUCUUCACCCGCCCCAAUGAGAAAAAAGAUCCUCUCACCCCUCAAGCGAAAGAGAAGAUCCACUAGAAACGACUCACCCUACAAUCACUCCCAUUACGACGGCGUUACUCCUGUCCAGCGAAUUUCAGCCCUAGCCCACGAGCACGAGCUCUCGAGCUCACCUGCACCCACAUCCAGAAUGCACAAGCGCCGCAAGACGAUCUUGUGA